AACCGAAAAUGAAGAAAGGUUCCCAGGCUCCUGGGGAUCCUGCUUCUGGCUUCGGUCUCUGCCUCCCCCCACCCCCUCCCUUACUUCGGCUCCGCUCUCUUGGGUGGGGGGUCCAAGGGUGCAUGCCGUUGAAGUCAGGUCUUGACAGAACGAGAGGAUUUGCGGGAGGCGGGGGAAGAAAGGAGAACCGUGAUCACGACGCUGGCACGCGCGCCUAGUUAGUGGUUUCACUCCCAGGCAGAAGCAGCCGCGGUGACACUCGAAGUGAAAGCGAAAGAGGAGGAGGCCAAGGGCUGGAGAGAAAGCUACAGGCCAGAAAGGGUGGUUCGGAGAGCCCCUCUUCUCCAGCCGGGACGCGCCCGCCGGAGCAGUGGGGAAGGGCGGCGGGGCGGGGCGGGGCGGGAGGGGUGGCAGCGCAGCCCCCAUGGGCGCGGGGCAGGGCUGGUGCCUGCUGCUCUGCCUGGCCCUGUCCCGCGUGGCGGCAGACCCAGAAGAAAGGCAGUGGCGGAAGGUGGAUGUGGUCCUAGACUGCUUCCUGGUGGAGGAAGACAGGCACCCUGGAAGUCUUGCCGGCAGUAGGACCAUGGUGGAGGCCUUGCUCGUGCUGAGGCAGGUACCAGUGUUGGAUGACGACUCCCUGGAAGCCAUCACUGAUUUCCAAGGGGGCACACUGGCCAAAGACAACCCACCUGUUACCUUCGAGGCCUCAGUGAACUUGGUACAGAUUCCUCAAGCCGAGGCCUUACUCCAUGCUGACUGCAACGGGAAGGAGCUGUCCUGUGAGAUCUCCCACUAUUUCCUCCAGGCCACUAAGAAAGCUUCGUUCAUCGCCAAUGUGCAGGUACCCGGAGGGGGACCUAGUGUCUCCAUGGUGAUGAAGUUUCUCAGGGAUGCUGAGAAUGGGGCUGUCUUGCACCCCACACUGAAGCUGCCCCUGAGCCCCCAGGGGAUGGUGCAGACUGCAGUGGAGCUCCAAGUGACAACACAGACCCCAUUGCUGAAUUUCCUGCUGGGGUCCUCAGCCUCCCUGCACUGUGGCUUCUCCGUGGCCCCGGGCUUAGACCUGACUGGCGUGGAGUGGCGGCUGCAACAUAAGGGCCACGGCCAGCUGGUGUACAGCUGGACCACGGGGCAGCAGCAGGCCAAGCGGGAGGGUGCCUCCCUGGAGUCAGAGCAGCUACUCCUGGCCGGGGAUGCCUCCCUCACCCUGCCUAGCCUCACCCUGAAGGACGAGGGGACCUACAUUUGCCAGAUCACCACCUCUCUGUACCAAGCCCAACAGAUCGUCCAGCUCCACGUCCAAGCUUCCCCCAAAGUACAACUAAGCUUGACAAACAAAGCACUGCCACCCACCCUCAUCUGCAACAUCGCUGGCUAUUAUCCUCUGGACGUGACUGUGACGUGGAUCCGAGAAGAGCCAGGUGGAGCCCCAGUCCCCGUCUCUGGGGCCUCCUUCUCCAGCCUCCGACAAAGCACAGCGGGCACCUACAGCGUCUCCUCCUUCUUGAAGGCAGAACCUGGCCCUGAAGGCACCACUUACACCUGCCAGGUCUCCCACAUCUCCCUGGAGGAGCCCCUUAGGUCCACCACCUGGGUUGCCCCACCAGAGCAGAAAACGGCCUUUGGAGUCCUCUUGGCCAGCAGCCUCUUCGUUCUUACACUGUUGUUCCUGGGGCUCCAGAGAUGGCCAGCUCCCUCACCGAGGUCUGCCAAGACGCUGAGGCCCUCUCGGUAACCACUCUCCUGCCUCAGUAAGAAGAAAGAGUAGUCACAUUCUCCCAGAAGGACCCUAGCCAAGUGUCAGAAAUCAAAAAGGCCUGAAGAAAAGCAUGA